CCUUUAAAAUUCUCUUCUUCUCAAAUUAAACCCUGGCUUACUUCUCCAUCCCUCUUCAAAUUUUCAUCUGCAUUACAAAUCAUUAGCAUUUAUUGGGGAACUUUUUUCUGGGUGUCUCUCAUCAAAUUCAUCCACAUUUCAUCUCUCUUUGUAUUCCUUUUUAGCAGCCUUGAUUUUUCAACGUAGCUAUAGGUAGCUUAGUUUUUCAAGAAUAUAAUAUGGCUGCCCCGCCUAGUAGCCACCUGCAGAGUAUGCUGCAGGCAGCGGUGCAGUCGGUUCAGUGGGCUUACAGUCUCUUUUGGAAAAUAUGUCCACAGCAACGGAUCUUAGUAUGGGGAGAUGGGUAUUACAAUGGAGCUAUCAAGACUCGAAAGACAGUGCAACCAAUGGAGGUUAGUGCCGAGGAGGCCUCUUUGCAAAGGAGCCAGCACCUUAAAGAUCUUUAUGAGUCAUUGUCUGCAGGAGAGACCAACCAGCCAACAAAGAGACCUUGUGCAGCUUUGUCUCCGGAGGACUUAACGGAGUCCGAGUGGUUCUAUUUGAUGUCUUUGUCCUUCUCAUUUCCCUCUGGUGUAGGGUUACCGGGAAAGGCAUAUGCACGGCAGCAGCAUGUAUGGCUCACCGGUGCAAACGAGAUUGACAGCAAAAUUUUUUCAAGGGCUAUUCUUGCCAAGAGUGCAUGUAUACAGACUGUAGUAUGCAUCCCUCUUCUUGACGGUGUUUUGGAGCUAGGAACGACUCAGAAGGUUCAAGAGGACAUUGGAUUUGUCCAACGAGUGAAGAGCUUCUUUACUGACCACCAUCUUCCUCUUCCUCCACCGUCAAAACCAGCUCUCUCCGAACACUCAACUUCUAACCCCGAGACUUACUUAUUAGAUCAACCUCACUUCCAGUCUUCCAUGCCUUUCAUAUAUGGGAUCACAGAUCCUCGCACCAGUGACGACCAAGACGAUGACGGUGAGGAGGAGGAGGAGGAGGAGGAGGAGGAGGAGGAGGAAGAUGACGAUGGCAAAGAGGAAGAAAGGUCUGACUCAGAAGGAGAAACAGGUCGAGAAACUCCCUCAGUACGUACUCGAGCACAAAACGCUGAAACAGUAAUAACAGCAGGUGCAGAGCCAAGCGAACUGAUGCAAUUGGAGAUGUCGGAGGAUAUUCGGCUUGGCUCGCCGGAUGAUGGGUCUAAUAAUUUGGAGUUAGAUUUCCAGUUGAUCAGAUCAGGGAAUAUUCCGGCGGUUCAUCAGAGUCGAGAAGACUCGUUUAGAGCGGAGUCGACUCCUUUGAGUAGUAGUCUUCAACCAUCAGCUGCAGCAGGACCACCUCCACUGGAAACGAUGGUGCAAGAAGACACUCACUAUUCCCAAACGGUCUCCGGCAUCCUUCACAGGCAGCCUAUUCAGUGGGCCGAGCCAUCCUCCGUUGCUUACCUCUCAUACUCCAACCAAUCAGCUUUCACUAAAUACACAAAUCGAUGCCCUGAUCACGUCCUUCACUUGCCCAUCGAAGGCCCUUCCCAGUGGUUCCUCAAGUACAUUCUCUUCAACGUACCCUACCUCCAUUACAAAUACCGCGAAGAAAAUUCACCCAGGUUACGUGACGGCAACACUGCUAAUCGCUUUCGCAAAGACGGUGCCGCUCAGGAUGAGCUCAGUGCCAAUCACGUCCUCGCCGAGCGCCGACGUCGGGAGAAGCUCAACGAGAGAUUUAUAAUACUAAGGUCGCUAGUACCGUUCGUCACAAAAAUGGAUAAGGCCUCGAUAUUAGGGGACACCAUUGAGUAUGUCAAGCAGCUCCGUGAAAAGAUUCAAGAGUUGGAAGCUCGUAAUCAACAGAUGGAGAUUGAGCAACAAUCAAGAUUCGCACACCUACCGCAAACAAUAUCUAGUUUGAAGGACCAAAGGAGAGCAUUAGAUACGAGGAAUUUAAGGUCAGUGGAGGGGAGCGCUGGGUGCACGAAGCCUAAGACGGUGGAGACAUCCCCAGCGCUACCUUUGUUGGAAACAGAGACCAACGUAGAGGUGUCGAUAAUAGAGUGCGAUGCGUUGCUUGAGAUGCAAUGUGGAUACAGAGAAGGGCUGUUGCUUGAUAUAAUGCAAAAGCUUCGGGAACUUCGAAUAGAAACCACGACGGUUCAGUCUUCCUUGAAUAAUGGAGUGUUUGUGGCUGAACUGAGGGCCACGGUAAAAGACAAUGUUGCUGCAAAGAAGGUAAGCAUUAUGGAGGUUAAGAGGGCAAUCCAUCAGAUAAUUCCCAACCCCUAAUGACUGAUUUUUCUUUAUUUGAUAGUUGUAGAUUAGCAAAGGGAAAUAUCUACUUUUCCCCCUUUUCUCUCCCUCGUACAGAUGAUGAUUAUCUUACUUAGCUGUGUAUAAUUGUAGAAACAUGUUAUUGACAGAGUUGAGACCGGGUGGUCAUCCCUCAGAUGUAAUCUCCAAGUACUUGUGACACACAAUGUAUGAUUUCUA